UUGAGAACAAAGACAAAUACUCAUUGGAUUUCAUCUCUCCCAAGUCUUUCUCUCUCACACAGACACACACACACAAAGACACAUAUUUUUCUGGUUCUGCAGAAUCCUUCACUGGAUACGAUAUGAUUUAAUCGAGUACCACUCUGCAGAACCAAAACCAACCAUUGGAUAUUCACAACUUCAUCUUACUUUCUUUCUUCUUUCUUGACAAUACAGAAAAGCAAAUACAUAGCACAGGUAAUUUUGUUGAUGUUCUACUACCAUACUCUGUUCUUUUUCCUCUGUUGAUGGCUGCAACUUCUGCAAUUCAAGAUAUUAACAACAACAAUGAAGUUGUUAAUAGGCAUGAGAUUCAAGCAGCUGUAGCUAAAGCUGUGGAGCUCAGAGCUCUUCAUGCUGCUCUGAUGCAGGGUAGUAGCCCUACCAAUCUCAAGUUCUCCUCUGCUUCCCCAGGUUCUCUCUAUGCUUCUCAUUUCUCAGCCCAGGAUUACCCUGUUUUUACACCUAGCUAUGAAGAGGAACCACUCCCAGGGUAUCAACAACUUAGGCUCGAUAGUCGAAGUUAUGCUGAUAGUUGGGAUGAGUAUGGACUAGGGGGAGAUGAAGAUGAGUCCAAUCUAUCCAAUUAUACAAAGGCAAAUGCAUCUUCAAUGAAGGGAUUUCCAAAUGAUUUGUUAAAUUUGGAGACACAUGUGUGUCCAGCUGAUGAUCAACGAUCUGUCACAGGUUCAAGUACAACUAACAACAAUGCAUUGCUCAGGACAUCUCCUGGCACUGAUUUCUGCAAAUCUAGGAGGAACAGUUUAGGUGAAUUCAGAUCAGUGUCAUCUUCCUGCAACAAAUGCAGGCCUGCAGUAAUCAAUACCGAGACAGAUUUAUCAGCAAAGAGCUUGAAGAAUUCUAAUCUUGUUGUCCCAUUGACAGAAUCACACUCUUCUGUUAAUUCACAACCGAAAAAUCGAGUACUGAACUUGUCAAGGUUGUUCCCUAGGCUAAAGAAGAAGAACAAAAAUGGAAAUUCACCAAAUCGAACAGAGCCCGAGGAAGUUUCCCAAAUCUUUAAAGACUUGGGGAUGGUAUCCGUUGAGACAUUAAGAAAGGAGCUUUUGGAAGCAAAUGAGAGAAGAGAUACAGCCUUGUCAGAAGUAGCAGAGAUGAAAUCUUCAAUGGGAGAUCUUAGACAGAAAUUGGAGCACUUAGAGACAUAUUGCGAAGAACUGAAGAAGGCAUUAAGGCAGGCAGCGCAAACUAAAAGUUCUCAGGUUAUUGAUAAGCUUGGAAAUUUUUCAAAACAAGGGAAGUCCAUUGCUGGCAAUGGAGAAAACUUGAUGCCUGUUAGUGAGGAAGCAAUGGUUGAAGGUUUUUUGCAGAUGGUAUCAGAAGCAAGGUUAUCUGUAAAGCAAUUCUGCAAAAUUCUUUUAGGCCAGAUUGAUGAGGCUGACAACAAUCUAAGGGAAAAUCUGAACUUUCUCCUUCUACCAUACAAGCUGUCAUUGAACUCGAAAUUCUCUAAGGCGAUCUUAUACCAUGUAGAAGCCAUCAUAAACCAAUCACUCUAUCAGGACUUUGAGAACUGUGUUUUUCAGAAGAAUGGCUCACCAAAACUUUUAGACCCUCAGCAGGAACGCCACUCACAGUUCUCAUCAUUUGUUGCCUUAAGGAAUCUAAGCUGGAAUGAAGUGUUAAGGAAGGGGACUAAAUACUACAGUGAAGACUUCAGUAAGUUUUGUGAUCAGAAAAUGAGUUUGAUUAUCACAACCCUGAAUUGGAAAAGACCGUGGCCUGAACAGCUCCUCCAGGCCUUUUUUGUUACUGCUAAAUGCAUCUGGUUGCUCCAUUUACUCGCAUUUUCUUUUAAUCCUCCAGUUGGGAUACUAAGAGUUGAAGAGAACAGAACUUUUGAUCCCCAUUACAUGGAAGAUAUUUUCAUGGACAGGCAAAAAACUCAAGGUCCUAGUAGGGUUAAGAUUGUGGUAAUGCCUGGUUUUUACGUGCAUGAUAAAGUACUAAGAUGUAAGGUUCUUUGUCGGUAUAAAUCUGUAGUCAAGUAAUUCAUUUUUGCGUUUUAGUUUCAUUGUAGUGUCUAGAAGUUAAAUUUCUUGGAGGCAAUCUGACUUGUAACUCCUUAAGUUGAUUGUUUGUACCCAUGAAGUGGCCAAUCCAUUAUCUUAGCUGUAUUAGAUUGGUACUGGUUGCCAGAGUAAAAAUAGCCUUGUAAUAAAGUAUUUUCUACUUCAAUGUGCCA